AUGUUCGUCAUUCUUUUCGCACUGAGCGUCUUAGGCGACAAUUGGUGUCCAACCAUUGAAAAUCAGACUCUUCCCAAUGAUCCCAUUUAUGUACUCAAUUACGAAUUUGUUGACGCAAAAUGCACGAAAGAAGCAUGCAAGUUACCAAAAAUUCUUUCGACAUAUGUAGGAGGUGACAAGAUUAAUUAUUUAACCGUUUUAGACGAAAACAACAAGCCUAUGACAUGUUGUGAUUUUGAAGGCCGUCGUGAAGACAUCGAGACUUAUGUCCCAAAUAUGGUGAAGCACAACAUGUUUUACCAAAGUCAACUUGGAAUGUAUUGGUCGAGCUUUACUGAGUGCAACAACGCCGAGAAGGCUUAUGUCCAAUACGGUUCUUGCUUCCCUCCACAAUUCAAUUCCCCGUAUGGUUACUUCAACCUCACUCUUUUGACUUUCCAAGACUAUAACGUGUGGUCCAUCAUCAGAAACUAUUACACAGAAUACUUCAAUGGUGUCUACUCUGUCGAGAAACUUAACAACUUACUCAACACUCGUGGUUACACCCACAACGUACAGUGGAUCUGUGGGACAAGCGACGAUAUUGUUCUUAAGUCAGUCAACGUCUGUUUCAAGAUGGUUGAUAACAAAAUGAGUCAAGUUGAGUGCCCAGCUGUCGAAGGAAUGUGUGGUGCCUACGUCUCUUUCUCUUAUGGCGCUUCGGUCAAACCAGACGACGCAAGCUGCCCUUAUUAA